CUCAUAUGUUUGUUUGAAGAGUCGUUGUCGUCUGGCCAAAAGCGAACAACUUUUCUGAUCUUCUCUUUUCUCAUCGUUGCUCUUGAACUCCUGAAAAACAGAAAACUCAGAAUCUGACAAAAACAGACAACAGUAUUUUCAGCAUCUGUUCUUCAUCUGAGGGUUUGACUGAAUCAAGAUGCUGCUGAUCAUUGAAGCUCUUCUUCUCAUUUUAUCUGCUCCAGGACAGGUAAGAUUGUGUUCUAGUAUGAAUAUUAGACAUGAAUACUGAUGAUGUGAUCAUUAUGAUUCCUGUCGCUGCAGGAUCACAGAGAUGCUGUUGAAGGACAAAAAUAGGAUAUGGAACAGAAUUCAGCUGAUGACCAGUAUGACGGUUGUACAAAGGAAAUGGCAAAAAAGGUGGAGACAAAGUAUCUGAAUAAUGAAAUCAAUACUUCACCCAAUUUUAAAACAGCUUGGAAAAAAGGGAAAGAAUUUGUCAAGACACCAGAUAUCUUGUCAGAGAAUCAUAAAAUCGCCAUUUAUGUGUACAGUGAUGCCAGUAUAUACAAAGACUUCAAUUCUGACACUCGUAGUGGUAAAGAACAGUACAAAGACGGAACAUACAAAUGGUAUUCACUUUACUUUCUGUUAACUGAUGCGAUACAGAUUCUGAAGAAAACACAAAAUAAAUGUUAUUCAACAUGUCAUGGCACUGAUGUUAAAUUUGAUGAGAAUGUUCUGAACACAGAGGUUCGUUUUGGCUCAUUUGCAUCUUCCUCUAUUUGUCGUGACAAAACAACGUUUUUUGGAAAUAAAUCUUGUUUUGAAAUCGACACUUGUUUAGGUGCUGAAGUGACAGAAUAUUCUAAGCUUCCUUAUGAGAAAGAAGUGCUGAUUCCUCCAUAUGAGAAGUUUAAAGUCACUAAAGUCAGGACAAAACAAUAUCAGAAAGAUCUCUGGUGUGACACUGUGCUCACUUUGGAAAGCUUUGGAAUGAAAAGUGACCUGAACUGUGCAGUUGCACAAAAGGACACAGCUAAUCUUUAUUCAUAUUAAAAGGUGCUUCCAUUAAUUAUAAGAUUAAAUAGAUUGAUUAAUUCUACAUGAUAAUCAAGCUUUAAAAGGUUUAAGUAAAAAAAGAAAAGAAAAAAAGAGUGAAGCUUUGUACUGAUAAGGGCAUCAGUUUGGUAACAAAUAUGUUUUCAAAAGAUAACAAUUUUGUACAAAUCAUAGUCAUUUGCUGUGUUCAUCAAAAUAAUUUAUUUUUAAAAUCAAGUUUGCCAUUUUUCACAUGUAACUGCUAAUACAGCUACAACUCUUGUUUGUCAUUUUCUAGUGAUUGAAGGUACAGUUCAAUCAAAAAUGAAAAUUCUGUCAUCAUUUACUAUUCCAGAGCUGUAUGCACUUAAAAAUAAAUGAAUCUGGCUGCUUGUACACUUUUUUGUUUUGUUUUAUUUACUUGAUUAAAACAAAAGAUUGCAACAAAAUUCACUGUAAUCUCAUCAGGUUAAACCAUUUUACUUUAAUUUACACUGUCUGUGACUAUCAAUUAUUUUGAUAUAUUCUGUUGUGUUAAACCAGCAUUAGGGAAACUAGGAAAAGUUUUUCUUUUGCCCUUUAUGCUUUGCACAAGGAGAAUAAUUGUCUAAAUAAAUGCAAUAGGGUUUGUUGGUAUUUUUAAGGUUAAGUGUUGAGCUUGAGUUGAGGACAUGCAAACAAGAAGUUGUUUUAAUAAAAAGACAACUGUGCAAUGGAUGUAACAUUACCAUCUGUAAAGAAAAGUAUAUUUAGCUAGAACCCACAUAUAUUCUUUGAUUUAAAGGCGUUUUAAAGUCAGCAGUCACAUAAUCAUUUUUAGGGUUUUCAAGUGGCCGGUUCACCACCAAAUAUUUUCAUGCAGUUUUAUAAUGAGGUCAAAAUUUUGCCAAAAUUAAUGUAAUUUUUCCCCUGCAUUUCUUUGGCCUAGAGAGACUGUUAAGAGCCACAAGCUUGUGCUACAUGUUUGUUUUGCAAAAUGUCUAGCAUUUAUGUUUUGUUCAUUAAUCUGAGGUUGAAAGAAAAGAAGAA